AUGCCAGAACCAUACACACAUAGUUUCGCAUUCCACAAAGAGAUUGGCACUACAGACAACAAUGCCACACUACGAUCACUUCUUGAUGUCCCUAAGACCAUAUUAGUAAUGCUAGACCUUGAGAGAGCCUUCAAACUCGCUGACCCUACUGUUAUCACUGCAAUUCUUGCCGAAAAAGGAGUAAAGGGCAAAUUACUAGGCUGGAUCCAGGACUACCUCACCAACAGAUCUGCAUCAGUAUCAUUUCAAGGACAUACAUCCCGCUCCCUAACCUUUGAGAAAAGCAUUCCACAGGGAGGAAUCCUCAGCCCCUUCCUCUUUAACCUACUUGUCGAACAGCUAGUCAAAUUACAUUUCCAGGCAGAUACCAAACUCUUUGCUUAUGCUGAUGACCUCCGGUUAGUAUCCACAGGCCAACACAGAUACGCUCAUACCGAACAGGCACUUGACAUCAUAACUAAAGAAUGCAACAGGAUAGGUCUUAAGAUAAACCCAACCAAAUCCUCCGCUAUAUACACUUCUGGAGAAUUACCUGGACCCCUCUAA